AUGAAAACGGAGAUGAAGCCGGGAGCCGUAAACUUCAAUUUUCUUCAUGCACUUCUCGCGGCUAUUUUACAACAUUUGGAUAUAUCGAAUUUAAAUAUAUCCACCGAUGGUCUGCUGCCUAAAAGUCCAGUUGAAGUGGAGCCGACUACAGAGGCGGCGGAAGCAGCGAUUACUAAUGAAAUAGGAAUCAGCCUUCAGUCCGUAGCCCCAAGCGUUUACCAAUCCCUAGAGAACCGCUUAGCAAAAGUAGAAAAGCAGCUCACCAAUCUGGAUUCCUUACCAGAAAAUGCAGAUCUCCUUGAUUUUGUCUUCUCCGGUCAAUCAAAUAAAGAGCUUGCGGAAAAGGAUAAACGUAAAAUGACUGAACUCUGGCAAACUGUUCAGACAAAGCGUCGACUUGACAGUUUAGAAGGAGGACUUGAAAAGGUUUGCGGCGUCAUGGAUGAUCUACUUACCAGCAUGCGAGAACUGGAAGGUAGUCACGCAAAAUUGAAGGAAGCUCUCAAAGGCCUAGAACUACAGGGUGAUACACUGGAUGGCUUCAGGCGGUUCGGAGAACAAAUAACUAAGCUGUCUUCUGUUCAGACAACAAUUCUGACAAGGUUACGAGAAGCCGUUUCAGUCGAUGCCCUCAAAGGCGUCGUCACUUGGAAUUCCUUAAAGGCAACUAUUUCCAACACUGAGCCCACUGAGCCACCUGGUGAACCAGGGCAGAAGCCUUCUGAUGGCGAAGUUCCAGAACUAGUGUCGAGCCUUCCAUAUUCAAUGACGAAGUGCGAUGACGACAGCGUGAAAGCCUGGUUGUCUCAAAUUUGUGGCCUACGAUCGAACUUGGAUGAAAUUCAUAAAAGGAUUCUACAGUUGGAAGAAGGUAUUAAAAAUGCGGCAACUCUUGACGACCUCAGCCAAAUCAAGGUACAGGAUGACAUAUUCAAAGAUAUCGAAGAACUCCAGGCGCAAGUGAAGCAGUUGCUGGAAGAAAAACGAAAGGUUGACUUAGCUCUAUAUUUUCAGCUAAACUAA